AUGGAACUGACCACAGCUUUGCCAUUGCUGCAGUGGUACGAGCCAACGGCAGACAAUGACCUCCAGUACUGGGGCCUGGACUAUCCUCCACUGAUGGCUUUUCACUCCUGGUUGCUGGGGACCAUUGGACACCAGGUGGAUCCCACCUGUUUCGCGCUUCACACCAGUCGAGGGCACGAGAGCUUGCAGUGUAAGGCCUUCUUGCGGUCCUCUGUGAUGGUUUCUGACCUCCUGAUCUAUUUGCCAGGAGCGGUGUAUGCGGCCAAGAGCUUUGCUGAAGCAUGGCAGCCCUUGGCUCUGUUCUUGUGGCUACUGCCACCUCUGGUCAUCAUAGACCAUGGGCAUUUCCAAUACAACUGCGUUUGUUUGGGCCUCUCUUUGGCAGCUGCUGGCUGCGUUGCCCAGAAACGUAUCGUGCCAGCCAGUGUUCUGUUUACGCUUGCCUUGCUGUACAAGCAAAUAUCUCUGUACUAUGCUCCCGCCUUUUUCUUUGGGAUUCUGUCGCAGUGCCUCCGCCCCUUUGCCUUCGACCGCGCGGUCUUGGGAGUUGCAUCUGCUGGAGCUGCUGUGAUUUGUACAAUCCUGCUGCUAUUUGGGCCUUGGUUAUUGACGCAGCAACCUUUGCCAGCUGUGCUGCAAGUUCUCCACCGCAUGUUUCCUUUUGCACGAGGUUUGUACGAAGAUAAGGUGGCAAAUUUUUGGUGUUCGAUUUCAGUCGUCUUCAAGGUGCAGCGGCUGGUGCCAACUGGGCGACUGCCACUACUCUGUGCGUCGACAACUUUAGUGUCUCUCCUGCCUUCUGCGUUCUGUACACUGCGGCGCAAAGCAGGGCCAGGCGCAUUUGCUGCAGCACUCUUUACGUCUUCAAUGUCCUUUUUUCUCUUUGCUUUUCAGGUCCAUGAAAAAGGGGUACUCUUUCCAAGUCUGGCCGUGUGCUUACUUCCUCCCGCUUUGGCAAAAGAGUGGAGACAGUGGAGACCUCUAAGAUCUUCAGCUGGGAUUCCUUGGAUUCUGGCUGUGCACUUUCAGCUAGUGAGUCUCUUCUCUAUGUAUCCACUGAUGGUAAAGGAUGACCUUUGCCCAGCAUACUUUCUGAGCAUCCUGUGCUUACUAGCAGUUCUGAUAGUACUCUGCGAGCGUUCUCCAAAUCCUCCAAAUACUGCAUGCAGAUCCCUCUUGCUUGUCACUGUGCUGGUGGGGGUCCUGUUGCACUUCCUGCAUGCAGUGGUGCCACCCCCUCAGCGGUACCCAGAUAUCUGGACGCUGCUCAUCACCGGCGUGAGCUGCGGUGCCACAUCUGGUUUUAUACAUGCUACAGUGCUUGCAACAGCUCUUAGUCUUGAAAGCAGUGAGACUGGAGCGCUGGCUGAUGUCAUUGACAUAUCCGCAAAUGAAGAGUCUGGGCAGUCGACCACAUGGUGGCGAUUCCAAGCUUUCUUAUUAGCUGGUUCCCAUGUGAUGCUUUUCGCCGUGGCGAACUGGUUCUUUGCAAAACUUCUGUACCGCGACUACGAGGUGAAGCAGAGAUACAUCCAGUUUCUUUUUGCAGCAACCUUUGCCGCUUCCUCAUCUAUGUUUCAGUUGAUGCUGGCGACCAUGGCUGGUUUGUUUGAUGCAGAUGUCCGUGCAUUUGCAUGGAAGGUAGACCACUGGACCUUAAUCUGGCUCUCAUACGUGGUGUUGCCGGCAUCUUUCGUUUGGACAGCGGUGAGGUCGAUUUGCUACGGCUCUCAUCGAUUAGCACUAGCCUCGGCGCUGCUCUCAUUGCCACCUUUUUGGUACGCAAUCUACUUGUCUGGAAAGUUGAUUCACAUUGAUUCUGUGAACUUCUCGGCCGACCUUCUCGUAGCUCGUAUAGGUGUACUAGGUAUUACAGUGGUGGCAACGCUGAGUGGAUUUGGGGCUGUGAAUUUUCCCUUUCAGAGUAUGCACUCGUUCCUUCGACCGGUCACACAGCAACAGGUCGCCGACGUAGAGCAACGCUUGUUGAGGACCAUGAGACUCAUAGCUGCUCGAAAGCGGCAAGAACUCAACCUAAAACAAGAAGAGACUCGUGCCAAACGAGAGGAGCCCAUCUCCAUUGUUGGACGGGUGGCACAGUUUGUUCAAAACCCGAGCUUUUUCACAUUGGGAAUUGGCGGAAUUGGUUCGUUUGGCACUUCACCAUCCGCAACCCGGAAGCAACUGGCCACAGAAAUCCAGGCUCUAGAGGCCUUUAGUCGUGAGCUUUUUCUGGAGCUCGAUGAACUCAUUCAAGCUCGUUUGUGUGAGCUGAAGGCUCGCACACGUUUGGGAAAGGUCAUGAAUGUACUUGGCCGUUGCUGUUCGGCAAUUUGCGUGUACAAAAUCUUGAUGUCUUCCGUCAACCUUUUACUAAGACGUGGAAGUGCACAGGCUGAUGAUCCAGCCACGAGGUUACUCACAAUCCUUUUACUCAACUUGAGAGUUCCAGUGGAUGUUAGCUACUGGGCACCAAUGCUGUCUCUGAUCUUUGUGGGUUACCUGACCUUGGCCAACACCCGGCAGUUUAUUCAGCGACUGCUGGCCAUUUUUCGCAUGGUCUCCACAUCUGUUACAUCAAAUUCGCUGGCCUUGUUGCUGUCGGAGGUGAUGGCAAUGUACUUUGCAGCUUGCGUCAUCCUUACCCUGCGCUUUGUUCCUAAGCGAGAUCGAGCUGACUUGAUGGCAUUGGUGGGGGAAGUCGACUUGUCUUCGGUCCACCUUCACUUUGACUACGUUUUCUUACUGUCUUCGCUCUGCUCUCUGGCAGUUUUCGGUCUGAGCUACUGGCUGAAAGGGCCUGCAACAGAUACCCCGCACGCAGAUUGA